CUUCCUUCUCUCCACUCCUCUCUCUCACUUUCCACCUCCCUCUAAACAAAUCCCGUGGGCUAAACCUUUAAUUAUUCCAUAGGAGUUUAUAACAAAAUGGACUCUUCUGGACCUUCAAGGCGGCCUUGUUUCAUUGAAGAAGACGAUGGUUUGGCUUCCCUCGCAGAUAUGGAGGCCGGAUAUUCAGGAAGCAAUUACCAGAGGGGUAACCAUUAUGGGUUUUUUUCUGGACGUCUUUGUUACCUAAGGAGGACUAGUUUGAGGAAUCUGCCUUCUUCUUCCGGUUCAGUUCCUUCUCCGAGGUCUGCCCGGUUUUAUGAUUCCAGAUUUGAAGAUGUUCAACAACCCCAUUUCUUGGAUGCUUGUUUCCUCUGCAAGAAGCCACUCGGGGGAAACCGUGAUAUCUUCAUGUACAGAGGGGAUACACCUUUCUGUAGUGAAGAUUGCAGACAAGAACAAAUUGACAUGGAUGAAGCUAAAGAGAAGAACAAGAACCUGUCUUCCUCGAUGAAAUCUAUGAGGAAGAAAGACCAAAGGAGAUCUACAUCUCCAAAUGAAGAUCAAGGUUACCCUUUGAGAACUGGCACUGUUGCAGCUGCCUAAGAUCACAUCACAAAAGAAAUAAAGACUAUAUUUACCAUAUUAUAUAUGGUUAAACGA